AUGAGCAGAAGAAGCAGUGGAAGUGUUCCAAAGCUUGAGUUGAAAUUGAACCUGUCGCCGCCGCGGCAACAUCCUUUGGGGUCAUCGCCGAGCCGAUCAGCGACGUUGUCGCCCACAUCGCCACCGAGCUCUUGCGUGUCGUUGGAACUAAACCAGGACGACAGCAGUGCCGCUCUCCGAUACUCCAGCAGUCCAGAAGCGACAUCGAUGGUGCUGGUCGGCUGCCCUCGGUGCCUGAUGUACGUGAUGCUGUCGGAGAAUGAACCCAAAUGCCCAAAAUGCAAAAGCUCUGUUUUGCUUGAUUUCCUCCAUGACGGCGCCGCUUCAGGUCCUCCGUCAACGGCGGCCGCCAGAAAGCUCUAA